GGCUGAAGAACGAAGUUGUCUGCUGCCAGUGCUGGCGCCAGAGCGCCUGAGCGCGAUCAUGGCGUGCAUCUUUGACUCGUGAGAGCCCAGGCAACACAUUCUCUGGUCUAGUCAGGCCCACAAGGGCGCCCUCCUCCGCUGGACCACCCCUUUGUGCGUGCUGCUUGCGUGCGCGCCAUGUCUGCAAUGUCCGAGGACCUCAACGACUCUGCCGGCUCUCCGCUGCUGUCCCCUUCCCUCUCCUUCUCCCACGACCCGGAGCCCUCUGACCACAACCCGCCAGAAGGUCGCAAGCGUGCUGCGAUGGACACAACCGACGAGGAGCCAGCCAAGCGGCAGGCCACCAGCGGUGCCGAAAAUGGUCAAGACACAGUGUUCCGGGUACUGUGCCCCAGUAGCAGGGUGGGGGGCGUGAUUGGGAAGGGGGGCAACGUGAUUGAGCAGAUACGCAAGGAGUCGGGAGCCAAGAUUGUGGUCGCAGAGAGCCGGGGGGACCCUGAGCACCGCGUGAUUAUCGUGUCGUCACCAGCGGCAGCGGGGGAGGAGACGUCGCCAGCGCAGGACGCCCUGCUCAGGAUCCACAGCCGCAUUGUGGAGGGUGAGCCGCGCGACGAGCUAGACCUGACUGCCACGCUGUUCCGCAUGCUGGUGCCGAGCAGCCAGAUUGGGUGCCUCCUCGGGAAGGGUGGCAGCAUUGUGAACCAGCUGCGCGACGAGUCUGGCGCCGGCAUCCGGAUCAUGGCGGGUGACCAGGUCCCACGCUGCGCACUGCCCAGUGACGAGAUGGUGCAGGUGUCAGGGGAACUCUCUGCCGCGCGCAAGGCUGUGCGCGCCAUCUCGGAACGGCUGCGUGCGUUCCCCCCCCGCGACCUCCCCCAGCGCCCCCCGCCGCGCCGCCCCGGCCCCUCCCUACUGCUCCCGCCCCCACCCCCGCCGGCCCCCAGCCGACCUCCCCUGCUGACAUCUGCCCCGCCCGCCCUCUCGCUUCCCCGCCUGGAGAACAGCAUGGCCGCGCUCCCCAUGUCGCUGCCCCUGCUCUCGCUGGCCGCGCUAGGCGUGCCAGCUGGGGGCGACGUGCUGUUCCGGAUCCUGUUCUCAGCUGCGCGCAUCGGGGCGCUGAUUGGGAAGGGAGGGACCACCAUCAAGCAGCUGCGUGUGGACACGAGGACGCGCAUCACGGUGGAGCCCCCAGUGGACGGCUGCGAGGAGCAGGUGGUGGAAAUUCAAGGGCCCGAGGAGGAGGGCGCCUCUUUGUGCGGCGCGCAGGAGGCCCUGUUCCAGGUGGCUGCGCUGCACUCCGCUGCAGAGCCGGGGGCACCCACCCGCCUCUUGGUGCCUUCCAGCCAGGUGGGGUGUUUGCUGGGCAAGGGCGGCACCAUCAUCCAGGACCUGCGCCGCCAGAGCACCGCCCAGAUCCGGAUCAUGCCCCGCGACAGCAUCCCCAAGUGCGCCCUCGUCACCGACGAGCUUGUGCAGGUGGCCGGCUCCCCUGACUCGGUCCACGCUGCGCUGCUGCUGAUGACGGGGCGCAUCCGGGCCAACCCGCUGCGGGACUUGCCCCGGGACAGGGCGGCCCCGCCACGAGGAGAGCGCCACGCACUGGACAGAGGCGCCGGGCGUGACCGCGAGCGAGAGCGUGAUGGUGGGAGGGGGGCUUCCGAGCGGUACGUGCAAGCCGAGCAGGCGGAGGGCGCCCGCGCAGCCGAGUAUGAGAGCCUGCGGCGCAGCCACGAGCGGGAGAGGGGCCAAGACAGGGAUCGCGACCGGGACAGAGACAGGGACAGAGACCGCGAGAGGGAGCGGGGGAGAGAGCGGGACUGGGACCGCAGCGGGGUGCACGAGCGGCGGCGCGAGGAACCCCGCGACAGAGACGGGGGCAGGGGCCGCAGGGACGAGGACCACUUGGCCCGGGCACGGCACGAGGAGCGGCGUAACAUCGGGCAUGCCGAGCCGCCUCACCACGGCAGCAGAGGGGACCGAUGGGCGGCGGGAGUGCCGGGUUUCCUCGGCGGUCCCACGAGCUCGCUCCACAUUUCGGUACCAACGGCAUCCGUGGGGUCCAUCAUCGGGAAGGGCGGGGCCAACAUCACGCAGAUACGCCAGAUUUCGGGAGCAAGGGUGAAGUUGCACGAAGCCCGGUCGAGAGACCCUAGCGUGCGCAUGCUCGAGAUCUGCGGGACUAUAGAGCAAACCCAGACGGCACAGGGGCUGCUGCAGACAAUCCUUCAAGAUGCUACUCUGAACGGAGAAGGGGAGCGACCACGACGUUAGCCAGGUCUAUCAGUUUGCAGGAGCUGACUGGUCAUGGGGGCCCUAGGUGAGUAGGAGAGGAUAAACCUAGCAAAGCAAUACGUAGGCUCCGCCCUGGACGAGCCACCGACUUUCACUGGGGAUUGAAAGCCACUGGGUGCAUCGCAAGUUUGCUGGUAAAGCAUCGGAUAUUGCAGGGACUCGGAGACUGGGAAAUGUUUAAGAUCCGGGUAGAUGAUAAAUGAAAUUGGUGCAUGUAGGAAGCAACCUGCGGCCGGUUGAUCCGGCCGAUUGAAGUUGUCGCAAAGAAAGCAGAGCGGCCUUGAAGAUCCCGGAGCACAAUGGUUGUGAUUGAAUGAGGUCUUGCUGCCCGGCAUAGGAGUACGGCCAUGAGAUACUGGCAACUUGCGCGGGCGGCAACGGUCACUCUUGCGUCGGACUCACGGAUUACUCAGGUGCCGCCUGGAUUGAUGGUCUCAGAGGAUUCGAUACUGCAAUAAGCUUGAAGCCGCG